AUUGAAACACAUAAACACUGAAUGAUUGCAAUCAUUGGAAACACACAACACUUGACAACACAUAACACAACACUCUGUCAGACAAUGCUUUAAGUGUCACUCGCAUCACAUCCAGUGAUGUCUGGUAUGUCUUGUAUAUCAUCAAAACCGGCGACCAAUACAGCAGUUCAUCUGUUGGGUCGCGAGUACAAUGAACUGGUGGCCAACAAGUCUGUGACACAUGUUCUGAGAGAUCGGUUCGGGUCCGCACAAGACCUGUUCCGCAAAGAUCUGUACUCACAUUACGGAUGUGUAAAUGCCAUCGAGUUUUCCGAUAACGGACAGUACCUCGUGUCAGGUGGUGACGAUCGGCGCAUACUGUUAUGGGAUAUACAGAAAGCCAUAGCAGGUGCUGGUCAACCGCAGAUCAUGAAAGGCGAGCACAACUCAAAUAUAUUUUGUUUAGGUUUUGACUCUCGCUGUCACCGACUCUUCAGUGCUGGUAAUGAUGAGCUCGUUAUGAUUCACGACGCCAUUACCGGCGAGACUGUUGACGUUAUACUUCAUAACGAUGCCAUUUAUGGUUUAUCUGUGAAUCCAAGUGAUGACAACGUGUUUGCCAGUGCUUGUGAUGACGGAAGGGUUUGCAUUUGGGAUCUCAGGAAAGAGACGUCACGUGAGACAGCAGUGUUGGCCAGAUAUUCAACGGCUUUUCACGCCGUUAUGUAUAAUCCGUUUGAGAGUCGACUGGUGGUAACGGCCAACACAAAGGAAGGCAUUGCCAUUUGGGAUGUCCGCAAACCGCUCUGUGUUUUGCAACAAUUUAACUCAUCAUUAAUGUCAUCUCAGAGUGCAAUGAGUGUCCGCUUCAACAAAACUGGAACUCUUAUUCUGGCUCUGCGUCGACGCCUUCCUCCUGUGCUCUAUAAUCUCAAAUUAAGUUAUCCUAUCGUCGAGUUUGAUGACUCCGGUUAUUAUAACUCAUGCACAAUGAAAAGCUGCUGUUUCGGUGGUGAUUCAGACCAAUAUGUAUUGUCCGGUUCCGACGAUUUUAAGCUAUAUGUAUGGAAAAUACCGGAACAGAUCUACGAAAACGGAGAAUUUAAUUAUAGCGAUACUGUUUGGGUCGACGGUGCAGAUCUUGUCUUAAGUGGCCAUCGAUCAAUUGUAAAUCAGGUUCGAUAUAAUUAUACAAAUUCGUUGAUUGCUUCUUCUGGUGUGGAAAAAGUAAUCAAACUUUGGAGUUCAUUCCCGUUACCCGAAGGUACGGGUAAUUUGCAAAAGGAGUCUACUUAUAAAGACAAUCGUCAAGUGUUCAGUCAUGAAGAUUAUAUUAAUUUAGUGCUUGAAAGCGGACAGUUUGUCACACAUGACUACAGUCAUCAGUCAGUUCAAGAAGAUCCGCGAAUGAUGGCCUUCUUUGAUUCAUUAGUACAACGAGACAUCGAGGGCUGGACUACUGAUUCCAGUGAUAGUAUUGACGGCGAAAGCAACUUCUAUGAACUUUGUUGGAAUUCAGUCAAUUCGGACGAUUCGCACACUUCUAAUAACUCGAGUUUGAAUAACUCAGAUAAUGAAGAAUCGAUACACGAUUUAAAUAGUCAUUGCAUUAAAUAUUUAGAUAUUAUAUCCAAAAGGGUUGAUGCGAGCGAACAAAUGUUUAAUUUAAAAAACAACUCAAAGACCGAUUCGGAGACUGCUUUAAUGCUAACGACAACAAAGCCAGAGUUGAACACAUUUCAGUCAUCAAAUAUUGGAACCGUUAAUAGUGGUAGAGAUAAUACACAGGAAACCGGGGAAAGCAGUUUGAAUCGUAUAUCAGAAUUGAUUACCGAGAAAAAGAGGGAACAAUUGAGAAAAUUAAUAAAGUUUGCGGUCCGCACAACACGCAAAAAGUUAAAACGCUCCCAAAAGCGGUCGGAAACUAAAAGUAAAUAUAAUGUAACAGAUAAUAGACAAACAGAUUCUUAUAAGAAACGAUUAGAAGAUUUGAACAAAAAAUUGGAUUAUUUGGCGCAACGCGUCAACUGUAACAUCAAUUCAAGUGAAAGUAAGACUGAGAGACACCGUAAUUAUCGGAGACUUCGGUUUCUCACAAAUCAAAGCGAUCUCGUAUUCAACGAAGUCGUUCCCAUUGAGUCUUCAUCUUCGAGUUCAAACUCGGAUGACUCGGACGAUGAAAUAUAUAAUGUAAUAUCAAAUGAAAUGAAUCAAAUACGCGCCGAGAGGGGCGUCGACAGCGAUUCAAGUGAUAGUAGUAGUGAUGACAGCAGUUGUUUAACGAACAAUGAUAUCAAUAAUAAAAAUACUAAUAAUUCUGUGGCCAUUAAAUGCAAACAAAAUUCUAGCGAUGAAGAGACAGUUGUUGAAACUUCUUCAGAAAAGCCAACAAAUGGCGAUACAAAACAUAAUCACAACAAAACUAAUAACAAUAGCAAUAAUAAAAAACGAAUCUGUAUUUCGGCCAAUUUUGAUGACAGUGAUAGUGACCAAAAUGAUGAGACCAAUGAUGUAUUGGAACCGGUCAUCCACUGUCCCUAUAAACAUAAUCUGUGUCACGCAACUACAUCAGCUACCAAUGCGAACAGUGAUGUCAAAAAAUCAUCAAUAUUUAAGCCAAUUAAUACUCGGCGCAGAUCUUACCGUAAACGACAAAGAAGUGGUACUAAUACUAAAGAUAAUAAUGAAGAUAAUGUUAAUAAUGAUAAUAAAGAUGACAGCAAUCCUAAUAAUAAUGUUAAUAAUAAUAAUAAUAAUAGUAAUAGUAAUGACCAAAUCAGUGAUAAAAACAUUGAUUCAAAUCAUGACUGAGCGACAAAUACAAUCACUUUCAAUGAAAACGUGAAGGUUUUGCACAAUAUAUUUGACAUCAAAGAUAUGUCCAAAUAUGAAAUUUGAUUUAAACCCUAAAAUUAUGUGCUCUAAUCAUAAGUAACAUUUAUUAUGAAAAAUAUACCAAAUAUG